AUGGCUGCUCCCAUCACCUCAAGGACGGAAACUCUCCAGAAGUACCUCAGACUUGAUCAGAAGGGCAUGAUCAUGGCUGAGUACGUCUGGGUUGAUGCUGAGGGUGGUACCCGAUCCAAGUCUCGAACUCUCCCCGAGAAGGAAUACAAGCCUGAGGACCUCCCUGUCUGGAACUUCGACGGUUCAUCCACCAAGCAGGCCCCUGGCGAGAACUCCGAUGUCUACCUCCGACCUUGCGCUGUCUACCCCGACCCUUUCCGCGGUUCUCCCAACAUCAUUGUGCUCGCUGAGUGUUACGACUCAGACGGUACCCCCAACAAGUUCAACUUCCGUCAUGAUUGUAUCAAGGUUAUGAAGACAUAUGCCGACGAGGAGCCUUGGUUCGGUCUCGAGCAAGAGUACACCCUCCUUGGAGCUGACGACAGACCUUAUGGCUGGCCCACUGGUGGUUUCCCUGCUCCCCAGGGUGAAUACUACUGCGGUGUUGGUACUGGCAAGGUUGUCCAGCGCGAUAUCGUUGAGGCUCACUACAAGGCCUGCUUAUACGCUGGUAUUCAGAUUUCUGGAACAAAUGCUGAGGUUAUGCCUGCCCAGUGGGAGUACCAGGUCGGUCCGUGCACCGGUAUCGAGAUGGGUGACCAGCUCUGGGUUUCUCGAUUCUUCCUUCACCGUGUCGCCGAGGAAUUCGGCGCAAAGGUUUCUCUGCAUCCUAAGCCAAUUGCCGGAGACUGGAAUGGAGCUGGAAUGCAUUCCAACUUCUCCACCAAGGCUAUGCGUGAGGAGGGCGGCAUGAAAGUCAUCGAGGAGGCCCUGAAGAAGCUUGAGCCUCAUCAUGUUGAGUGUAUCGCUGAGUACGGUGAGGACAACGAUCUCCGUCUCACCGGCCGACACGAGACCGGCUCGAUCGACUCAUUUUCAUGGGGCGUUGCCAACCGUGGCACAAGUAUUCGCGUUCCCCGCGAAACUGCUGCCAAGGGUUACGGUUACUUUGAGGAUCGUCGUCCUGCUUCCAACGCUGACCCUUACCGGGUCACAAAGGUUCUCCUUCAGUUCUCUAUGGAGUAA